CCCAGGAACACAGCUACAAACAUUACCAGGAGUCAUCAUGAUCUCCAUGCUCACCAUGCUGCUGUACCUUGGUCUCAUUUUGGAACACAGGACUAAAAUACAGGCAGGACACCUUCCAAGGCCCAUCAUCUGGGCUGAGCCAGGCUCUAUGAUUGCCAUUUAUACAUCUGUGACUAUCUGGUGUCAGGGGUCUUGGGAGGCCCAGAAGUAUCAUCUGUAUAAAGAGGGAAAUGUAGAUCCUUGGGACAUUCAACUCCCUCUGGAAACCAGGAAUAAGGCUAAGUUCAACAUUCGAUACAUGACAACCACUUAUGCAGACACAUAUAAGUGUUACUAUGAGAGUGCUGCUGGUUUUUCAGAGCACAGCGAUGCCAUGGAGCUGGUGAUGACAGGAGCCUAUACAAAUCCCAGCCUGUCAGUCUGGCCCAGUUCUGAUGUGAUCUCUGGAGUUUCCAUAGCCUUUAAGUGUAGCUCAUCCAUGGGAUUUGGCAGAUUCAUUCUGAUCCAGGACGGAAAAGACAGCUUUCCAUGGACCCUGGACUCACAACGACAUGACAACCAAUCAUUCCAUGCUACUUUUGUUCUGGACACUGUUACUCCCAACCACAAUGGAACAUUCAGAUGCUAUGGCUCUUUUAGAAAUGAACCACAUUUGUGGUCGAAAUCAAGUGAUCCCCUUAUCCUCAUGGUAUCAGAAACCAAGAACCAGUCUCCUACACACACUGAAGAUGGACUGACAACAUACCAGAAGAUUUUGACUGGAGUCUUGGUGUCAUUCCUCCUACUUUUAUUACUCCUGCUUCUUCUCAUCCUCAUUCGAUACCGGUAUAGUUGCAAAAAGAAGGCUACUCAAAGAGAUGCCAACUUACAAGUGACUUCAGGGGUUCCAGAAACAACAUACAGAGAUAGACUCCACCAGAAGAGCUCCAGCCCAGAUGCUACCAUCAAUGAAAAACACCUAUAUGAUUCUGUGAAAAACACACAUUCUGAGGACAAUGGAGAGCUGGACAGUUGGAGCCCAUCUGAUAAAGACCCCCAUGGAAUUGUGUAUGCCCAGGUGAAACCCUCCAGACUUCGGAAGGAUACUACAUCCUGGAGACCCAAAGAGACCCAGGUUGUAACCUAUGCCCAGUUUUGCAGCAGGACUCAGGAAUAUGACAACCACUGAGACCAGCAAGCAGCCAAUGCAAGAAGAAGACCCAGACCCAACAUUCCAUGAAUGAAAACUAGAAAUUUUCUAAGACAGUAUUUGUUUCCAGUGGACUCUGUUUAAUUAAUGCCAGCCAUCAUGAAUCAUGGGUCAUCAGAAACUUCUUAGA